AGUAAUUUUCAUUUUUAUUCUUACUAGUAAAUAUUUUGGGUAACGCUAAUGAUAAAAUAGCUUGUUGAUAAGAACAGUAAGAAUGGAAAAGUUACUAGUAACUAAGAAAUAGAUGAUAUCUGAAGAGCCCCAAAGAUUUCAAUGGCAAAAAUGUGCAAUUAGUUACUAGUACCUAAAAAAUUGUUACUAGUAACUAAAAAUUAAGCACUAGUAUCUAAGCAGUUGUUACAACGGGGAUAGUCACUAGUAACCAAUUGAAUAGUUACUAAUAAUUAAAAACUAGUAGCUUUUAAACAGCUACUAGUGAGUUUUAAGGAAUAAAUGGAAUAAAUAAGGAAGUUAAAUGCAACUGUGCACCUUGUUCGAAAACAUCAAUAUGGAAAUUGUGAGGCCUGUGGAACAUGUGCUAUUUGAGUGCACUAAAUACUCAAACCAAAGACUGGUUCUAAGAAAUCGACUGAAACAUGAAGGAAUCAAACAAAUAGACAUUAAAACUAUUUUCUCAAAUAACUCCGGAAAGAUGGUGCUUAAACACAUCUUGUCUUUUUCACUGGACUGAACACAAGGAUACAGUAGGUGACGAUAAUGCUCCAUCUGCUUGCAAGUCGCCAGUUAAAAAGAAGAAGAAGAAGAAGAGGAAGAAUAUCCGAGGAGCACCUGAAUGCAUCAAUGUGUGCUCUCUGUGUGUUUGAGUCGAGUCAGUGUUAGUUAGCUGCGAGGUGAUGGCAAACACAGCGAGCUAGUGGCUAACAGCUAAACUAAGCGGUCCGUUUCUUAGCGCUUAGUUACUCUAGAUUGCUUCACCUGUCCAGGUAAGAGAAGCAGCAGCAGCAGCAGCAGCGUUUCCUGGCGUUCAACUCUGUGGUGCUGCUAAUUAAGCUAACGUCAGCUAACCAGCUGCAGACUCUCCUAAAAAUGGCCACUGUUUCAAUCCCUGCUUGUACCAGCGCACUCUUGCUGGAUAUUGAAGGAACGACCACACCGAUCACAUUUGUAAAGGAUAUCUUAUUUCCAUACAUAAGGGAGCAUCUUGAGGAUUACUUGUCCGCUCACUGGGAAGAAGAUGAGUGCAAACAAGAUGUUCAUCUCCUAAAGAAACAGAUUGAAGAAGACAUGAAACAGCAUCGUUCGUGCCCGGUCCACACCGUGGACCAGACGGUUCACACAGAUGAGGAGAAGGCCAUUAGGGAAGUAGUGGAUAAUGUGCUGUGGCAAAUGGCAGCAGACAGGAAGUCAACAGCACUCAAACAGCUCCAAGGACACAUGUGGAGAGCAGCUUAUGCUUCUGGGAGAAUCAAAGGCGAGAUCUACCAGGAUGUAAUUCCAUCGAUCAAACGAUGGAAAGGACAAGGACUAAAAGUUUACAUUUACUCCUCUGGAAGCGUGGAGGCACAGAAGCUUCUGUUUGGAUACUCUGUUGAAGGAGAUGUUUUAGAUUUAUUUGAUGGUCACUUUGACACCAGUAUAGGAGCUAAAGUAGACGGCAAAAGUUAUGAGAGAAUCGCAGAGAGGAUUGGCUGUCAACCUGAGGAAAUCACAUUCUUGACGGACGUCACUCGAGAGGCUAAAGCAGCUGAAGACGCCGGGGUGAACGUGGCGGUGGUGGUCAGGCCUGGAAACAUGGAGCUGACAGAUGACGAGAGGGCCCACUAUAACCUCAUUACAUCCUUUAGCCAACUUGAACUGAAGGGACGUGCUUAACACAGAGCGCGGAGGAAGACGGGGAGAACUUCUCUGACUUCUUUUUCAUAAUAUGUUCCUUCUCUUCUUUGCCCCCACCCAACCACCACCACCACCAUCAUCCCCCACGCCCUUUUUUUUUGCAACUCUGGUGUUUUUUUGUUUGUUCCACUUCACAGUUUGACGAAGUGUAGGAGAUGCUGCUGGGACUGCGGUUAGCCACGAGCAGGGCUGCUGAAGUCCCAGCCUGUAGGAAUCUAUCCAGGUCUUUCAGGAUGCCUUUCACAUGUGUGGAAACAGAUCUACGGAGUGAAAUAGGAACUCAAACAUCACUCUCAUUUGAAUGACUGGGCAGAGAACGGAAACGCUGUAGCUAAAAGAAGCUACACGCCUGAAGCAAACUGCACAUGAGCUGUAAAGUUACCUUUUUACCUUUUCGAUGAACCGUAUUCGGUUGCCAGUUCUGAUGUUGAUCAAAACUUUCCGACUGUAUGUAUGUGUAGUAUUUCUCACUGUUUUGUAGACGUUUUCCAUUCAUGUGCUGUUUUCUCCCUCUACACAUGCAGACGUGUGAAGUUUUAUCCAGUGAUUGAACUGUUAAUGUUUUAGAAAGUAGAACUGCAGUCUUUAGAUGCGCCCCUGCCGCUGACAGAAAGUUCUCAUUUUAAACUUUGUUCAAAUGUCUUAAACUAGUCCCCCUCGAAGGUGAACGGUGUCUAUUUAAAUGUGCCAUCCUCGUUGAACAUCUGUAAUGUUGGUGUUGGAAAGUUACCUUAAGAAUAUUGCCAAACUGAUGAUUUGUGUGUGAAAUAAUAAUUGGUAUAAUUCAGGAACUGAUAUCUAAAAACUUCCUUCCAAUAAAUGCCUUGUCUCACACAGAA